UCAAGUACACGAAGCUCACGUGAUUGGCAAAAACAAAGCAAGUCUCUUGAAUAAAGUCCCAAAAGCAACGGGAAAACCCUUUAUACAAAGCCUUCUUAAAACUUUGAAUUAGUAUUUCUCGGCAAGAUGGACGAAGAUAAUCAUUCAGAUAAGGCUUCAGAUGAAAAUGAAGGCGAAAUUGCAAAAGUCUUUUACAAGGUAAAUAACGAUAGCGAAGAGUUGAUCUCUGGAAGCCGUCUACACAAUGUCGACGAACCAGCAAUUAUUGAACUAGGUGGCCAGCCUCAACUCGGUGGUCUAACGAUCUUCACGGCAGCAGUAUUUGUGGUCGGGGAGAUGGCGGGCAGUGGGGUCUUGGCACUUCCUUCAGCAAUGGUUGCUGCUGGACCUAUGGGGUUUGUCAUGCUUCUAAUAGGUUGUCUGGCUUCCGGAUACUGCGGUGUCAUCUUGGGGAGAUCUUGGACGAUUCUGCGAGCAAAGUAUCCUGAGUAUCAACACAGUGUUCGAGAUCCCUAUCCGACUAUUGGACUCAAAGCUGUUGGAAAAUGGGGAGCCAGAGCUGUAUCAGUAUGUGUGAACAUCACUCUUAUUGGUGUUUGCACCGUGUUUCUCAUCCUCGCUGCUCAGAAUAUUUCCAAACUCCUCACAACACACAUCCACGAUGUAUGGUUUGACCAACAUUCGUUGCGCGUGUGGAUUUUAAUAUGCGCCGCUGUCCUGCUUCCAGUUUCCUGGCUUGGAACUCCAAAAGAAUUCUGGGGAAUUGCUAUUGGCGCCAGCCUAGCAACAGCACUGGCUUGUCUCUUGAUAUGUGUCUGUAUUGGAAUUGACUUUCCGAGUAACCUACAGACAGUCAAACAGGGGCCUGUUACAUUUCUGUCGUUUUUCUCAGCCUUUGGGACCAUCUUAUUCUCGUUUGGUGGAGCUUCAACAUUUCCAACCAUCCAAACAGACAUGAAGCAGCCUUCAAAGUUUCCCAUGUCAGUAGUUUGGUCGUAUGUGGGUGUUCUGUUUAUGUAUUUACCAGUAUCCAUACUAGGUUUCCUAGCAUACGGUGGUGAUAUCAAGGACAAUAUUCUACUGUCUGUCAGUCACACGUCUAGUCAUCCCAGGGCCAUCAUCGUCGACAUCGUGCUAGUUCUCAUCACCACCCAUCUUCUCUUCAGCUUUGUGAUUGUUCUCAAUCCAGUAUCGCAGUAUUUUGAAGAAUUCUUCAACAUACCGAGAAGGUUUGGGUUUAAGAGAUGUCUUCUACGCACAAUCAUAAUGGCAUUGGUACUGGGCAUAGCCGAACUCAUUCCUAACUUCGGCCCCAUUCUCUCGUUGAUCGGUGGCUCUACAGUCACUCUCCUCACCUUCGUCUUCCCAUGCUGGUUCUAUCUCAAGAUCGCAAAGGACUUGCCUCUCCAUACAAAGGCUGUUUUAUUUGAGCUUAUCUUUAUCGGCAUCGUUGGAGGUGUGGCGUCGACUUAUUCAGCCAUAGAUAGUAUUCAGAAAGCCUUCAAACUUUAGAUAGGAGAUUUUAAAGGUGGACAAGAAAGACGUACCCCGUACGACGUACGUGUUUUAUGACUAAAGACUCGUUUGUACAAGUUUAGCCUCGUGUAGGAGCAAAUUAUAUGAAAAAGUCAUGAAAAAUGCCAAUGUUUUGAAAUUCCACUAAUUUUAAUGGUAUCUGUGAAUAGCUGACUUAUAAACGAGGCUAAGCUAGUGUAAACGAGUCUGUGGUAUUUGAAAACAGCGGUAUGCAAUGAAUACGAAACUAAUGUAUUAAAAAAGCAAUAUAUUGGUGGCGUGCUUCCUGGCGCUUCUCAUGAGAAUAAAAAGACAAAAGACGUGGCCGCCAUGUCGGUUGACAUGACAGAACACACCAAGACUGAAUAUUUGCCAAAGUCAACCAAAAUGGCGGCUCGUGACGUCUCAUACAAAGACGUAUUCUCUACUUUCACAUCCCCAUAAUACCUUGCGUUUUUGGGGGGUAACCAAUCAAAAAACUGUCCCAAAUUGAAAGGUUUUUUAAUUGAAUUUAUACUAUACCUGCUUUUAUCUGUACAACUGACUGAUUAUCAGUUUAUUCCAAGUUAUUUUCGCGUGUACAGAUAUAUCAUUAAGAGUUUUGGUCUUAAUUACAGUAAAUGUGUCGACUUACGAAAAAUGUUUAAAAUUUACCUUAAACGUUUUCAAGCUUCUAUCUUUUUCUGUUUUUUACUUCUUCAUUUUAUUUUUGGAUACCAAACAAGGUAUUGUUAACAUUGUCUGAUCAGCCUUCAGCAAAAUAAGUGGGUUUUUACCCUCUGGUUACCCCCCAAAGACGCAAAGUAUUAUGGGGAUGUGAAAGUAGAGAAUAGACGUGUUGUACUUUUAUUUCCAUGGGUUCAAGAGAUUCUGGUUCGUUCACUUUGGAUUUAUUUGUCCCUUGAAAAUAGCAAUCGCCAGAGCGAAAAUCAGUAACCUCAGUCUGGACCCAAGGGUAUUCUGAUGUAACAUCAGAUAAUAAUAUUCUCAUGAAAGAUUGUUAUUUUGUAUGAUAUCUUGGAUAUUAAAUUUGUUUUAUCCAAACAGCUCUCCAAACAAGCUUUAUUUACCCAGUUGACAAAAAAAAAAAAAGUUUAUGUAUAAUAGAUUGAAACAUCGAAAACUAUGAAUCUUGAUAAUGAUAUUCAAUAACAUUUCAUCAUUCGGAUUCUGCUUUUUGAUUGUCCGACCAGAGUUAAUUCCCCUCUAUUAACUCUGGUCCAACAUAGCAUAAAGUACCUCUUUCGUAAGAAUUUAGAUUUAUCGGUUACUUGUUUGGAAGACCAAUCUAUUGUCAUUCUUAACUCUAUGUGUAUUGUUUUUUUUAACUAGUUAUGAAACUUAAGCAUGUUGCAAACGGUGAAGAAUGUCCCUAAUAAUUUAGAAAAGAACCGGUGAUUACAAGGGGAAGCUUUAUUUUUACUUCAAAUAUGCAAUUGAAAUAUUCGUUUAUAGGAAAUCUUUUUUAUAUUCGUAAUUCGUAGCACAUAUACUUGAUGAAAACUAACUGAAUUUGAAAAAUUCAAGUUUAAUAUAUAUCUAAUAAAGGUAAAUUGAUGUUUGCUUUUGACAUUUUGUCGGUUUGAAGAUGUUUGAUUCAAAAGCAGCUUACUAAUAUCAAUAUUUAUGCUACUAGAUACAUCAUUUCUACCAGAUAUAUCUAUUUCUACCAAAUAUGUCACUGAAAACAAUUAAAUCCUAAUUCCAAAGACCAACACAGCGGGCUCGAUUGGACAGUUUUCAGUUUUAUUCUGGUUAUGAGCGAUACUUAUAUAUUUUGUUUGUUUUAUUUUUUGGUUUAUUGUUAAGAUUAUCCAAUGAAAUACUUGGCAAAAUAAAAACUUUAUCGGA